CUUCUUUAGUGCACUACUUGUAAAAUGAAUAAUAAUGAUUGCCUCCCUCCAAAGGUGUUAAUGUCAGUGAUCUCACAUGUGGCAACGAGGAGCACGCACACUGCUUAGCUGUGUUCAGGAUCAUGCCAUCUAAUGGACUUUGCUCACUGCUGCACUCCUAAAGCACCCCCUCUGCUCAAGGGCUUUCCACUCUGAUGCUGUGCUAAGUGCAAAGAUUUGUUGCCAGGGCUGUUUUCCCACAUGUGAGUCCCGUGGCUUCGUUCACACCAAGAGAAGGCGCCAUCCAAGGAAUCUUUCGGCUUGCAAUCUGUCAUCAGCUGUCCUGUGGGAGAAGACAAAGUGUGGUCCAGUGACUCAGCUAUGCGAUGCAUUUUGGAGAUCAUUAUGUGCAGUUUGCAACAUCUAUCAAAUGGACCAAUGGAUCAAACUCUCCAAGCCAGAGAAGGAGGGGAGAGUUACUGCCCUCACAGUAUGAGAUGGAGAAUGGUGGCCCAUCCUCUGUGCAUCCCAGAUUUUUGGAACCAUUAAAGCCUCCCACCUCUCACUGUUGCUGGAUCUAAAUGAGUUGGAAUGCUGAAUCCUUCCUAAAAACUGGGUUAGGUCAUGAGGAACCUAUAAUGGGACAUCGAUAAUAUGGAUUAUCUUUCACCUGCUUUGCUCUGGUGGUUAAACAAGAUGUACGGAGCCCUAAGUAACAGUACAAGAGUAAAGGAGACUCCAUCCCUCCAAUUUUCCAUACAGAACAUCUCAACAGAAGAUUCAUCCUCACCAAGAUGAGAGUCAUUCCAAAGGGAGCUUUCACAGGACUUCGUGACCUAGAGAAAAUAGAGAUCUCACAGAAUGAUGCCUUGGAGAUCAUAGAAGCAAAUGUGUUUUCCAGCCUUCCCAAACUACAUGAAAUAAGAAUCGAGAAGGCCAACAACCUCAUGAAGAUUGAUCAAGAUGCCUUCCAGCAGCUUCCAAGCCUCAGAUAUUUGUUAAUUUCAAACACAGGUCUUAGGUUUUUACCUGUUGUUCACAAGGUACACUCCUUCCAGAAGGUUUUGCUAGAUGUGCAAGACAAUAUCCAUAUACGUACAAUUGAAAGGAACACAUUCAUGGGCCUGAGUUCUGAAAGUGUGAUUCUACGGCUAAAUAAAAACGGGAUUCAGGAAAUCAAGAAUCAUGCAUUUAAUGGAACCUGCCUGGAUGAGCUAAAUCUAAGUGACAAUCACAACUUAGAAAAAUUACCGGAUGAAGUCUUCCAAGGAGCCAUCGGUCCUGUUGUUUUGGAUAUUUCAAGGACAAGAAUCAGCUUCCUGCCAAGUCAUGGAUUAGAAUUCAUUAAGAAGCUAAGAGCGAGGUCUACAUACAAGUUAAAAAAACUUCCCGAUUUAAGCAAAUUUAGAUCUUUGAUUGAGGCAAACUUCACCUAUCCUAGCCACUGCUGUGCUUUUACAAAUUGGAAAAGACAAAACACGGAAUUAUACCCAAUAUGUAGCAUAUCUCAGGCUAAGCAAGACCUUGAUGAGCAGACUGGCAAAAAGAAACACAGACGAUCCGCAGCUGAAGAUUAUAUUUCCCAUUAUGGCACACGUUUUGGCCCUGCAGAGAACGAAUUUGACUAUGGCUUGUGCAACGAAGUCAUUAAUGUGGCUUGCUCACCCAAACCUGAUGCCUUCAAUCCCUGUGAAGAUAUCAUGGGAUACAACGUUCUGAGAGUUCUGAUAUGGUUUAUCAACAUUUUAGCUAUCACUGGGAACACCACUGUCCUCAUUAUUUUAAUAAGCAGUCAAUACAAACUCACUGUACCUCGCUUUCUAAUGUGCAAUCUUGCCUUUGCAGAUCUCUGCAUAGGUAUCUAUCUGUUGUUUAUUGCAUCAGUAGAUAUCCAGACCAAAAGCCAGUAUUACAACUAUGCCAUAGACUGGCAAACUGGGGCAGGAUGCAAUGCUGCAGGAUUUUUUACCGUUUUUGCAAGUGAACUCUCAGUCUACACACUGACUGUGAUAACUCUGGAAAGGUGGCAUACCAUCACCUAUGCCAUGCAACUCGACCGCAAGGUCCGACUUCGGCAUGCUGUGAUCAUAAUGAUUUUUGGCUGGAUGUUUGCUUUCACGGUGGCACUUCUUCCCAUAUUUGGCAUCAGCAGCUACAUGAAGGUCAGCAUCUGUCUGCCCAUGCAUAUAGAAACACCGUUUUCUCAGGCUUAUGUUAUAUUUCUUUUAGUGUUGAAUGUACUCGCUUUUGUGAUCAUCUGCAUCUGCUACAUCUGCAUCUACUUUACGGUGAGAAACCCCAAUGUUAUCUCUUCAAACAGUGACACCAAAAUUGCCAAGCGCAUGGCUAUAUUGAUCUUCACAGACUUCCUCUGCAUGGCACCAAUAUCUUUUUUUGCAAUAUCAGCUUCACUCAGGGUUCCUCUCAUCACGGUGUCCAAAUCUAAGAUCCUUCUGGUUUUGUUUUACCCUAUUAAUUCCUGUGCUAACCCUUUCCUCUAUGCCAUUUUCACAAAGACUUUUCGCAGGGAUUUCUUCAUCCUGUUGAGCAAAUUUGGUUGCUGUGAAAUGCAAGCCCAGAUUUACAGAACAGAGACUUCCUCAUCUGCUCAUAAUUUCCACACAAGAAAUGGCCAUUACCCUACCGCAUCAAAAAACAGCGACGGGACUAUUUAUUCACUGGUUCCUCUGAAUCACUUGAACUGAGGUGCUUGCAUGAAUUUGUGUCUGAGGCAGUGUGAUAAUCACUUUCAACUAUUUGAAUAAUGACUUCGACAUAGCAUGCAAACUUAUUUUUUACGAGAAAACAUUUCUAUUUCCACUUUGCUUUUUUGUUCAUCAUCGAAGAUGACACAUCAUCUUCAUUACUUCUUGAAGGACAAAGAAUGAAAAUGCAGUAUAUGUCAAAGUGUCCUGGUAGAACUGUGUCCAGAAAUAAAUGAGCUUAUAAAUGCAUAUCUCCUACUGUACAGGCAGAGAUUCCCCUCAGUCUAGGAAAAUGUCAGCUGCUUACUGAGAAUGAAGUAAUGGUUAUAUGUGGUCAAAAGGGAAAAGAAAAAAGAAGAAAAAAAAAAAGUGGAAUUAUUUUUGUUGUCUGUGAAAUAUGUUGGAACAAAGACAAAGAAAUAGCUUUUUUCAUUAACCAUAUCUUCUGAGGUUACAGGAGACAGAAGCCCAGUUUAAUGUCCUCCUAGGACUGUUGAUUGAGACAGGUGGGCCCAAAAAAUCAGAUUUCGUAUGAAUUUCUAACAGCUUUGUUUAGCUUAAGUUUUGUUUCUAAGACAAGAGAGGAAGAAAAAGAGCAGAAGGAAUCCUUCAUAAUAAUCAUUUCUAAAUUUGAUUUAAUAAAGUUGAGUUAAAAUUGCUUUUGCAGAGCUGGAUCCCUUGAGUCUGGCAAGGCAAGGCAAUGAAUACUCUUCAAGACUGUAAGAGCCAUUGCAGGCCUGUACCAUCCCCUUCACGAGAUGCUGGUCCUUUCAUAGCUGCUUUCAAGGUAGCAGUUUGUGGCUGUUUCUUUUUUUUUUUUUUUUUUUUUUUUAAUUGAAAAAGCAGCGUAAGAAAAAAAUGCUAGAUGUAUUUUAUUCGUGCCUGCAACGCCCAAAAAGCCUGCUGGUUUCUUCUCACCACUGAACAAUGUGUUUUAUGUGUGUAAUCUUAAAACUAUUUUGCAUUUUCCAUUCUGAAAUCCAUUUUAAUAAAACCAAUAUCAAAACAAA